AUGAAAGCUAGGAUCAUUAAGAGGAGCAGACUGUGUUUGGUUUUCAGUUGUACUUCAUGGAGUGGUAGAAUGCUCCAACCGCUUCCUGGGUUGAGUAUGAUUCACCACCUACUUGCGAUUGCAGUUAAAAUGCUAUCCAUGCCAUUUGAUAAAGUUAUUCACCCCAUCCAUGACCAGACCUUCUAUCUGAAUAUGGAUCACAAGAGGAAUCUUAAGGAGGAGUAUGGAAUUGAGCCCUGGACUUUUACUCAAAAGGUAGGAGAUGCCGUUUUCAUUCCAGCUGGUUGUCCUCACCAAGUCAGAAAUCUGAAGUCAUGUACUAAGGUUGCACUGGAUUUCGUUUCUCCUGAAAAUGUUGGGGAGUGCUUUCGUUUGACAGAAGAGUUUCGCACGCUUCCAAUAAAUCACAGAUCUUCCGAGGACAAAUUGGAGGAAGAGCUAAUCUUGGUGAAGAAGAUGACAAUAUAUGCCAUGAAAGAUGCAAUCAAAAUAUUGAUGAACGCAAGGUUAGUAAUUGCAAACUUAAGGCCCUUUGACAAUGAACUCGAUCCUCUUGAAUCAUCUAUUGGUGUUAAGGUUCGGGAAAUCACACCCGCUGGUAGCAAAGUGCCCAAGAUUGUGCUCGAGUUUUCUAAUCUGCCGGAAGAGGAAUCAGAGCGACUAAAGAAGCUUCUGAAUUCUAUUGACAAAGUUGAGGAACAGGUGCUUCAACAGUUGCAAAUACUGGAGAACACCGCCAGUGCCAAGGAGGCAGAAAGGGAAAAUCGAGUACGUACUUUGAUGUCCAUGAGAACAAGUAUGGAUGAGAAGCUUGAUAGAGAGAGUUAUGGAUUUGAAUUAGCCUUGCAGAGGGGAUUUUCAGAACUCAUGCAUACAUUAGUCAAGAGGAGUAGGCUGAUUCUCCAACUCAAGGAUCUAUGGCACAUUGGCACCGCUCCUUUACAAAUGGCUCCCCAACCUUCAAAGGACAAUUGUGACCUUGUACCUAAUCAUACAGGAUUUGCUGUGAAAUAUGUAACCCUGCGACCCAUUCCUCAGUGGCUUAAUUGCAAACAUGGAUGGUGGCUGCAAAAAGUGGUUCCUGGGAUAUCAAGCAGUGGGAAGAUAUUUAGAGAUGCAGAGGUUCAGCUGUUGGAAAUCCCUAUAUAUGCCGCUGAAGUUUUGGGGUUAUCUAGCCAUGGAAAUCCCUCUCUCUAA